AUGAGUCCGACUUCAAACUACAUGAUUGAUGUUGAUGUGAGAUUCUUUGACUCGUCUCUUGUGAACUACUUACGACAUCUGAUCACAAAUAUUAACUUUCCUCUCGCUCUGAGCAACAACAUAAAUGUCAUAGAUAUCGACAUGACUACUGUGUGUGGAUUAAAUGGCACAGAAUAUGAGUGUAAGUGUGAGGAGCAUCAUGUCUGGUCCAAUGACACCUGUGAGGUCUAUCAGGUGUGUGAUGGGAUUGUGGGAGGAACUUGUGGAUGUAUUCAAGGUCUCCCUUCAGAGGGUCAACUUUGCCAGAGAGACAUAAAUGAAUGUGAAGAUGCACAGUCAGUGUGUGGUCAAAACUCAGAUUGUAUUAACACCAUUGGGAGUCACAUUUGUUCAUGCUGGAGUGGAUUUGCUCCCUUGUAUAAAGACAUUUCUGUGAGCGUCAACAACUCAUGUGUCCGGACUCAACCUUUAACUGAAUAUCUGAUUGAAAUUGAGAUCAAUACCCUGAAUCCUGCCAUCAUUGAUCAGCUGAGGGUCCUUCUGUUGUCUUUCAAUUUACCCUACACACUCACUGACAACACAAACAUUACAGAAAUCAACAUAACUACUGUCUGUUCUUUGAAGGAAAUUGGAUAUCAGUGUAAAUGUGAGGGUCUGUUUGUUUGGCCAAUUGACACGUGUCAUUCAUAUGAGACCUGUGAUAACAUCACUGAUGGUGUGUGUACAUGUAUCAAUGCUCUUCCAAACAAUGGACAGUUCUGCCAGUUAAAGAAAGGGCCGACUUCAAACUACAUGAUUGAUGUUGAUGUGAGAUUCUUUGACUCGUCUCUUGUGAACUUCUUACGAAAUCUGAUCACAAAUAUCAACUUUCCUCUCGCUCUGAGCAACAACAUAAAUGUCACAGAUAUCGACAUGACCACUGUGUGUGGAUUAAAUGGCACAGAAUAUGAGUGUAAGUGUGAGGAUCAUCAUGUCUGGACCAAUGACACCUGUGAGGUCUAUCAGGUGUGUGAUGGGAUUGUGGGAGGAACUUGUGGAUGUAUUCAAGGUCUUCCUUCAGAGGGUCAACUUUGCCAGAGAGACAUAAAUGAAUGUGAAGAUGCACAGUCAGUGUGUGGUCAAAACUCAGAUUGUAUUAACACCAUUGGGAGUCACAUUUGUUCAUGCUGGAGUGGAUUUGCUCCCUUGUAUAAAAACAUUCCUGUGAGCGUCAACAACUCAUGUUACCGGACUCAACCUUUAACUGAAUAUCUGAUUGAAAUUGAGAUAAAUACCCUGAAUCCUGCCAUCAUUGAUCAGCUGAAGAGACUUCUGAUGUAUUUCAAUUUACCCUACACACUCACUGACAACACAAACAUUACAGAAAUCAACAUAACUACUGUCUGUUCUUUGAAUGAAAUGGGAUAUCAGUGUAAAUGUGAGGGUCUGUUUGUUUGGCCAAUUGACACGUGUCAUUCAUAUGAGACCUGUGAUAACAUCACUGAUGGUGUGUGUACAUGUAUCAAUGCUCUUCCAAACAAUGGACAAUUCUGCCAGUUAAAGAAAGGGCCGACUUCAAACUACAUGAUUGAUGUUGAUGUGACAUUAUUUGAUUCGUCUCUUGUGAACUACUUACGACAUCUGAUUACAAAUAUCAACUUUCCUCUCGCUCUGAGUAACAACAUAAAUGUCACAGAUAUCGACAUGACUACUGUGUGUGGAUUAAAUGGCACAGAAUAUGAGUGUAAGUGUGAGGAGCAUCAUGUCUGGUCCAAUGACACCUGUGAGGUCUAUCAGGUGUGUGAUGGGAUUGUGGGAGGAACUUGUGGAUGUAUUCAAGGUCUCCCUUCAGAGGGUCAACUUUGCCAAAGAGACCUAAAUGAAUGUGUGGAUGCACAUUCAGUGUGUGGUCAAAACUCAGAUUGUAUUAACACCAUUGGGAGUCACAUUUGUUCAUGCCGGAGUGGAUUUGCUCCCUUGUAUAAAGACAUUCCUGUGAGCGUCAACAACUCAUGCAAAGAUGUGAAUGAAUGUGUUGAGAUUCCUGAGGUCUGUGGUCCAAACUCAAUCUGCAACAACACUGCUGGGAGUUACAAUUGCUCCUGUAUGAGUGGAUAUAACAUCACAGACCCGAAUCUCCCUAUUAACAUCAGUAACCCAUGCACAGAUAUUUAUGAAUGUCUUGACCCAUCAUCAGUGUGUGGGCCGAACGCUUACUGUCACAAUUACAAUGGAAGUUACUCGUGCGUUUGUUGGACAGGAUAUAACAUCACUGAUGUAUCUCACAAUAUUAGUAACAGUAACCCAUGCAAUGAUGUAAAUGAAUGUGAUGAGAUUCCUGAGAUCUGUGGUCCAAACUCAAUCUGCAACAACACUGCUGGGAGUUACAAUUGCUCGUGUAUGAGUGGAUAUAUUGUAGCAGACACUGACCUCCCUAUAAACAUCAGUAACCCAUGCACAGCAAUUCAACCUUUAACUGAAUAUCUGAUUGAAAUUGAGAUAAAUACCCUGAAUCCUGCCAUCAUUGAUCAGCUGAGGAGGCUUCUGAUGUCUUUCAAUUUACCCUACACACUCACUGACAACACAAACAUUACAGAAAUCAACAUAACUACUGUCUGUUCUUUGAAUGAAAUGGGAUAUCAGUGUAAAUGUGAGGGUCUGUUUGUUUGGCCAAUUGACACGUGUCAUUCAUAUGAGACCUGUGAUAACAUCACUGAUGGUGUGUGUACAUGUAUCAAUGCUCUUCCAAACAAUGGACAGUUCUGUCAGUUAAAGAAAGGGCCGACUUCAAACUACAUGAUUGAUGUUGAUGUGAGAUUCUUUGACUCGUCUCUUUUGAACUACUUACGAAAUCUGAUCACAAAUAUCAGCCUUCCUCUCGCUCUGAACAAUAACAUAAAUGUCACAGAUAUCGACAUGACUACUGUGUGUGGAUUAAAUGGCACAGAAUAUGAGUGUAAGUGUGUGGAUCAUCAUGUCUGGUCCAAUGACACCUGUGAGGUCUAUCAGGUGUGUGAUGGGAUUGUGGGAGGAACUUGUGGAUGUAUUCAAGGUCUCCCUUCAGAGGGUCAACUUUGCCAGAGAGAUGUGAAUGAAUGUGAAGAGAUACCUGAGGUCUGUGGUCCAAACUCAAUCUGCAACAACACUGCUGGGAGUUACAAUUGCUCGUGUAUGAGUGGAUAUAAUGUAACAGACCUGAACCUCCCUAUAAACAUCAGUAACCCAUGCAAAGAUGUGAAUGAAUGUGAUGAGAUUCCUGAGAUCUGUGGUCCAAACUCAAUCUGCAACAACACUGCUGGGAGUUACAAUUGCUCGUGUAUGAGUGGAUAUAAUGUAACAGACCUGAACCUCCCUAUAAACAUCAGUAACCCAUGCAUAGGUAUGAGCUGA